GAUCCCCCAGGUCCCGCCUACCCACUUCAAGAUCUAUUUAAGCAGCAGCCCAGUCAAGCAAUCUUCACUUUUCUUGCUUUUACCAGAUGAGCUGAUCUGGAGAAGAAGUUCAUCAGGCUGUCAUCCACAUUUCUUCAAAGAUGUCCUACCCAACAACUCUGGAACUCAUUGGUGGUGGAGGAGGUGCUUACUCUUCAUUUACUGGUGUGAAUAACGGUGCCAGUUUAGAGAAGAUUGGCGUGUGGGUGGGUGGAUGGCAGGUGAAGGCUGUCAGGGUUUGGCUUUCAGAUGGCAGAAGUGCAACCUUUGGCGAUCCAGAUGGACCGUAUCAAGAGUACGCGUUCAAACUUAAUGAGUGUUUCACCUCACUGUCCCUCUGGGGGAACGGAGCAGGAACGCGUCUUGGAGCCAUCAAAUUCAAGACCAACCUGGGUGGAGAAUUUUUUGCAAAGAUGACGAGCUGGGGCUUAAAAAGAGAAUAUCCCAUUGAUGUCAGCUCUGGAUUUUGUCUGGGAGUUGAAGGAAGAUCUGGUUUAGAUAUUGACUGCAUGGGAUUUGUGUUUCUCCACGCCGUUCAAUCAACUGUUCUCACAAAUGUCAACUAUCCCACAAUAAACCAACUGAUACCACAAGUGACCGUAGAAGAGAUCAAAGACGUCACUUACAGAAACGACACCUCUGCCAAACAACAGCAAAGAGUUGACGCUUCAGAGAAAGUGACCAGAAAGUCUUCAUGGUCUGUGAGUGACCGCUUUACCUCAACAUUUAGUAUGGAAGUGAAGGCAGGGAUUCCAAAGGUUGUGGACGUUUCUACAGGAUUCAGUUUCAGCGUUGGCCAUGAAAACACUUGCAGUCAUGAGCAGACCAAUGAGACCACUGAAACCCUGUCGACCAUGAUUGAUGUGCCACCUAAAAAGGCAGUGAAUGUUAACGUCACUAUCGGAAGAGCCACGUUUGACCUGCCUUACACUGGCACGGUGAAGAUCACUUGCAAGAACGGCAGUGUGUUGCAGUACGAAACCAAGGGCCAAUACAAAGGCGUCACUUACACUGCUAUCAAAGUGAAUACGCAAGAAUUUGGUCUGUAAUGUUAAGAUGCAUUCUUCUUGGCUGGGCUUUUUUUUUUUUUUUUUUUUUCUCCCCAGCAAUGUAUGAUUUUCUUUUUAUGACUUGAGCUCUUCUUUCUUUGUUCCAUCUCAAAUGUCUAUUUGCUCCACUAUUUUUGACAGGUGAAAUACUCGGCACUGUCUUUUCCAAAUGUUUUCUAAUUCUAUUAUAAAAUGUUCAUCACUUAAAUCACUCACUAGUACCGUAUUAUCGGUGUAGUACUUCAUAGAAGAAUUUUAAUGUUCAAUUUCACAUUUAAUAAAAGUCUUUCAUGAGCCCUUUGUACUGUUUGUCUGUAUUUAAGUGUUGCUUCAUUGACUUUUUUUUUUUUUAAUUUAAGGAGGUCUUCUGAGGUUGUUUUACAAAAGCAGGUUGUUGAAAAUAAUU